AGAGUGACAGCCCGGGUGACCAAUCAGAGAGAGCGUCACUUCAGGUGAACUGCAUCUGAGCAGCCUGACCAUCUGGGGGCCAAUCAGAGGCCACUCUCAGGGAAGGGCAGGCCUCAAACAGGGCAGAGUGACGGCCCAGGGGACCAAUGCGAGGCAGCGUCACCUCAUGGGGGAGAUGUCCCUUGCAGACAGGACUGCAAGACCCGCUCCUGCCAGGUUGGACUUUGCCUCCAAACGUGGCCCAGCCUCUUCCAUUGUGACGUCAGCCACUGCCGUUGUGUCACAAAGCAGCAUCAGCACUGAGGUUGGCACAGCAGAGUAUAAGACCAGGGGUCUCCCUGUGCCUCAGUCACUCUCGAUCUUGAGGGAACUGAGAUCGCAGAGUUUUUGGCUCACUCCUGAGCAAGGAAGAUGUUUGUUACCUGCACCUCAGCAGGUACCCAGAGACACCCAGAGAUGGCUGAACGUCUGAACUGGAAGAUGAAGGCACUGAAGGCAACAACCCUGGUGCUGCUCCUUGGUCUGUUGUCUUUCGGUGUUUACCACGUGGGACGACUUGGUGCCUUAACCCCCUGGAGCACUGCAGACCUGAGCGAAACCCUGCCUCUGCCAGACCAGCUCUGUAAGCUCCAGGAACAGCUUUAUCAUCUGCGCUGGAGCGCAAAGGAUGUGGCUGAGCGGGCUCUGCAGGAAGGACUGAAGCAGGCAAAGCUCCCAGGCGUUACUGGACGGGCUGUUCAGGAGAUCAUCAGUCAAGCCCUGGAGAAGCUGGAGGAAAUGCAGGUCCCGAUGCUGGAUUACGCCCUGAAAUCAGCAGGGGCAGCUGUCAUUUAUUCCAAGACUUCUCCAUCCUUCCGGACUGGCAAAGCAAAAUUCUUCUUGUACUCGCUGCCGGUGAUGGAUUACAUGAGGUCCCCUGAGCUUAUUCUGGAGCCAGAAAAUCAUCCUGGAAACUGCUGGCCCUUCCCAGGAAGUCAGGGACAUGUGUUCAUCAGGCUGUCCAUGCCGGUCAUUCCCAGAGCCAUCACCAUGGACCAUGUCUCAGGGACAGCGUUCCAUGGAGAAAGUAGCUCCGGAGCUCCAAAGGACUUUGCUGUCUAUGGCUCCAAGGAAGAACACGAGGAGCCGGGAACGUUCCUGGGACAGUUCACUUUCCUGGCAGCACUGAACCCCAGUCAGACCUUUCAGCUGAAGGUAUGGGGACACAGCGGGAGAAGAACUGCAGGAGAGGAGGAGAAAUGCGGUUCUAUGGGCAGAGGCUUCCCUGCCAAAGGGUACAGGCAGCCCUGUCCUUGAGCAUGUGCCACGCUGCCUUUCUUCUGCUUCAACUUCCUGGUGGCGGAUGCCUGGACUGCCGCUCUUCUUCUCUUUCAUUCUGGGUUUAAACUUCAGUGCUUAGAAGCGCCACAGUUGAAGCUGGAAUCAGCCUGACUGUCUGGACCCCAAGUGCACACAAGCGGCCACAUCCUGUAGGAUGCACGACUGCUGGUCUGCCAGUUAAAGACCAGGAAUACUGGGCUUCCUGAGGGCUCUGUUGGU